AUGUUGUUACAGCGAUCUAUCAAUAAACUUCUUAUUUUUCUUUUUCUUCAGUUUUUCUUAACCAUUCUAUUUGUCCUUAUUUCAAACUUUUCUUCUUCGUUUCCUUUUACUUUCUUUCUUGUACUUUUUACUUCAAACUUUUUUCUUUCGUUUCCUUUUCCUAUCUCUUUUCAUUGCUUCUUUGUUAAUUUAAAAAAAUGUUCUCGUUCAAUUCUUCAUUCUUUACUCUUUACUUUCUUCUUUCAUGUAUCUAUAUUCCUCACUUUCUUUUUUUUUUCUUUUCUUACUCCCCCCCUUUUCUACCGACUUAUUUUCAUCGCCCUUGUUUUCUUUCUGUCUUUCUUUCUUCUGAUUUUUAAAUUUUUCUUUUUUCCUUAUACCUCUUCUUGUUUCAUUAAUUUCACCAUUUCUACUUUUAUAUAUAUUCUUAUCUUUCUUCCGUUCUUUUUUUUCGCUUUGUAUUUCAUUCAAUUCUAUUUUUUCUUUUUCUCUUUUACUUUGUUUUUACGUUAUUUAUUCUUCCUUUAUUUAUAUCUUUGUUCUUUCUUUAUUUUCUCUUCCUUCUUAUAUUCGGCCAUUUUCUUGUUUUUUUCUUUUUUUUUUCUAUUUCUUCCUUCCCGCUUUCUUUCCAUCUUUUCAUCCUUUUUGCAUUCCUUUUAUUUUUCAGAUUUAUUUCUGCUUGCUUUCCUUCGUCCUCUUUUCCUUUUUGUCUUCUUUUUUCUUAUGUCUUGCUUCUUUUUCUUUCAUUAUUUCUUUUCCUUUUUCCUUUACCUUUUCCUUUUUCUUUUCCCCCUCUUUUAUUUCUUUUUAUAUUAUCGUUCAUAUUUUUCUUCUUUUACUUUCUUAGUUCUUUCUUUCCUUGUUCUUCGUUCUUUUCUUUUUUUCAUUAUUUCUUUUGUUCAUUUUCAUUCCCUUUUUCUCUCAAUGUUUUCUUUUCUUUGUUUUUUUCUUUCUUUUUUUCUUUCCUUACCUUUUAGUUGGGCAAUUUCCUCACUUCUUUCUUUCUUUCUUUCUUUCUUUCUUUCUUUCUUUAUUUAUUUAUUUAUUUAUUUAAUAAAGACUCUCUCUUUCUUCCUCUCUUUAGCGCGUUUAAAUUAUUCUUCCUGCAUUUUUUUUUAUAAAAUGUUUAGUAUUUGCCAUGAGUCUUACGAAUCCCUUCCUUCCCUAAGUCCAAAUUUCUUUCUUUCUCAAAGUUUUCUUUUUUAUUAUUUAACAAUGUUUCUCUUUCUUUCUUUCUUUCUUUCUUACUUUCUUUCUUUCUUUCUUUCUCAACCUUUUCUUGUUUAUUAUUUAACAAAGUUUACAUCUGUCGUUCUUUCUUUUUCUUUCUUUCUUUCUUUCUUUCUUUCUUUCUUAACCUUUUUUUUAACAGAGAUUCCUUCUUCGUUUGUUUGUUUGUGUGUGCCUUUCUUUCUUUCUUUCUUUCUUUCUUUCUUUCUUUCUUUCUUUCUUUCCUUUGUUCGUUUAAAUAAUUCUUGA